AUCAAAUUCAGCUUUUCUUCCUUCUCCAUUGUUUGAUCACCAUGUGUAGACGUGUAGUGUACCACCACUAAACAACUCAUUAAUGCCAUAAAAAAAAGAUCCAACAAACUAUUCCUUUUUUUUUAAGGUAAUGAUCUUACAGAUUGGAACAGCACAAUUUCCCCCAACUCAAAAACACCGACACUCUCCCCCCUUUUCCCAACUAACUCGUCUAGGGUUCCUCAUUUCACCUUCAACAAUCCCUAAUUGUCUCAAAUUUUCGCCAUUAAUGGCGUCGAUCAUUCCUUGAAUUCCUCAAUUUAUUAUCGAAAAUGUUGGAGAAGUUUUUAGGAGUUCGUAAAGCUAGGCAGCUAAACAGGUUCUUCCGCCAUUGCAAUGUCACGUUCCUUUGUCUUCUGCUUACAGUCCUCGUCCUUCGAGGCACCAUUGGCGCCGGAAAAUUCGGUACUCCGGAGCAGGAUUUCCUCGAGAUUCGCAACCAUUUCUCGUCUCGGAAGCUCGCUGAGCCGCACCGCCGUCUCGAAGAGGUAAAAUCAUCUUCCUCGUAUUCGGAUACGUUCAAUUACGCUGCUUUUGAUUACAAGAAGUUUUAUCAUGAUGAAAGUAGUGAUGAUAAAGAUGUUGAACUAUCAAUGCCGUAUAGUUUGGGUACUAAGGUUAUGGAUUGGGAUGGGAAGAGAGAGAAAUGGUUGAAUGAACAUCCGGAAAUGCCGAAUUUUAUUGGGGAGAAGAGGAAACCUAGGGUUUUGUUAGUCACUGGUUCGUCUCCGAAACCGUGUGAGAGUCCUGUGGGGGAUCAUUAUUUGUUGAAGUCAAUUAAGAACAAGAUUGAUUAUUGUAGGUUACAUGGGAUUGAGGUUUACUAUAAUAUGGCAUUGCUGGAUGCUGAAAUGUCCGGGUUUUGGGCGAAAUUGCCAUUAAUUAGGACACUCUUGUUAAGUCGCCCGGAGGUUGAAUUUCUAUGGUGGAUGGAUAGUGAUGCCAUGUUUACUGACAUGGAAUUUGAGUUGCCAUGGGAGAAGUAUGAGGGUUAUAAUUUAAUUAUGCAUGGAUGGAAGGAAAUGGUGUUUGAACAGAAGAAUUGGAUUGGUUUGAAUACUGGGAGUUUCUUAAUUAGGAAUUGUCAGUGGUCGUUGGACCUUCUUGAUGCGUGGGCUCCAAUGGGGCCGAAGGGGAAGACUAGGGUUGAGGCAGGGAAGGUUCUUACUCAGGAGUUGAAGGGUCGACCUUCCUUUGAAGCAGAUGAUCAAUCCGCAAUGGUGUAUUUGUUGGCAAAGGAAAAGGAGAAGUGGGGGGAGAAGGUUUAUUUUGAGAAUUCAUAUUACUUGCACGGAUAUUGGGGGAUUUUGGUUGAUAAAUAUGAGGAGAUGAUUGAGAAUUUUCAUCCAGGUUUGGGUGAUCAUAGGUGGCCAUUGGUCACUCAUUUUGUGGGUUGUAAGCCUUGCGGCAAGAUUAGUGAUUACCCUGUGGAAAGAUGUUUGAAACAGAUGGAGAGAGCGUUUAAUUUUGGGGAUAACCAGGUUUUGAAAAUGUAUGGGUUUGGUCAUACAUCGCUUGCUAGCAGGAGAGUGAAGAGAAUACAGGAUGAGACAAUGAAACAGGAUGAGGUUAAAGAUGAGCUGGGGAUUCAGGCAACCAAGGUAUCGUGAUCUUGACCUGGUUGAUCUCUAUUCUCUUUUGUUGCUGAUUUCUUAGCUCGUAUUCCAUGUUAGUGUACGAUUUCUUAGAAGGGUUAUGUGUAUGUGUUCAUUAGGUUUGUACAUAAUAUUCUUUUGUUCCUUUCUAGGAAACUACACUUGUACACUCGGAGGAGAUGAGUACCAUAUAUUUUUGGUUCUCUUCUCAUCUGCUGCUGUUAGAUGAUUAUCUAGUGUAUUUGAUGUGUUAACAUCCAUCUUUUUGGUGCUUGUUACUGGUAAUCAGAGUAUAUAUUCCAGUUUA